AGCGGAGAGCAUCAGUACUAUAGGAGACUGUGAGAAUCGGUGAAACCGGGUUCAUAUUCGUGCUGUGAUCGUUCAGCGCCCGGGUUUGGAGCGGACAUGCGAUUUGCAGGCUGGGCUGCUUUUUGAGCGAACGUGAGCAGCCAUGACGACCCACGUGACUCUGGAGGAUGCGCUGUCCAACGUGGACCUGCUGGAGGAGCUCCCGCUCCCUGAUCAGCAGCCAUGCAUCGAGCCUCCACCCUCCUCCAUAAUGUACCAGGCCAACUUUGAUACCAACUUUGAGGACAGAAAUGCUUUCGUGACUGGCAUCGCCCGAUACAUUGAGCAGGCCACAGUCCACUCCAGCAUGAAUGAAAUGCUGGAGGAGGGACAUGAGUACGCAGUCAUGCUGUACACCUGGAGGAGCUGCUCCAGGGCCAUUCCUCAGGUGAAGUGCAAUGAGCAGCCCAACAGAGUGGAGAUCUAUGAGAAGACCGUGGAGGUGCUGGAACCCGAGGUCACCAAGCUCAUGAGGUUCAUGUACUUUCAGCGUAAGGCGAUCGAGCGCUUCUGCGGUGAGGUGAAGCGUCUGUGCCACGCUGAGCGCAGGAAGGACUUCGUGUCCGAAGCCUACCUGCUCACUCUGGGAAAAUUCAUCAACAUGUUCGCGGUUCUGGAUGAACUCAAGAACAUGAAGUGCAGUGUCAAGAAUGACCACUCCGCCUACAAAAGAGCUGCUCAGUUCCUUCGAAAGAUGGCUGAUCCACAGUCUAUCCAGGAGUCGCAGAAUCUGUCCAUGUUCCUAGCCAAUCACAACAGAAUCACACAGUGUCUGCAUCAGCAACUGGAAGUGAUACCUGGCUAUGAGGAGCUGUUGGCUGAUAUCGUAAACAUCUCUGUGGAUUACUACGAAAAUAAGAUGUACCUGACACCCAGCGAGAAACACAUGCUUCUCAAGGUCAUGGGGUUCGGACUUUAUCUGAUGGAUGGAAACGUCAGCAACAUCUACAAGCUGGAUGCCAAGAAGAGGAUAAAUCUUAGCAAAAUCGACAAGUUCUUUAAGCUCCAGGUUGUGCCUCUCUUUGGUGACAUGCAGAUCGAGUUGUCUCGAUACAUUGAGACAAGUGCCCACUACGAGGAGAACAAAUCAAAGUGGACCUGCACCCAGAGCAGCAUCAGUCCCCAGUAUAACCUGUGCGAGCAGAUGGUGCAGAUCCGAGACGAUCACAUUCGCUUCAUCUCAGAGCUGGCUCGCUACAGUAACAGUGAGGUGGUGACCGGCUCCGGCCUGGACAGCCAGAAGUCAGAUGAGGAGUACAGGGAGCUGUUUGACCUGUCACUGAGGGGUCUGCAGCUCCUCUCCAAGUGGAGCACACACGUCAUGGAGGUGUAUUCGUGGAAACUUGUCCACCCCACCGACAAGUUCUGCAACAAGGACUGUCCCGGCACGGCCGAGGAGUACGAACGCGCCACCCGCUAUAACUACACCAGCGAGGAGAAGUUCGCCCUGGUGGAAGUGAUCGCCAUGAUCAAGGGGCUGCAGGUGCUGAUGGGUCGCAUGGAGAGCGUCUUCAACCAAGCCAUCAGAAACACCAUCUACGCUGCGCUGCAGGACUUCGCCCAGGUCAUUCUGAGAGAGCCGCUCAGACAGGCCGUGCGCAAGAAGAAGAACGUCCUCAUCAGUGUUCUACAGGCCAUUCGUAAGACCAUCUGUGACUGGGAAGGUGGUCGGGAGCCACCCAACGAUCCCUGUCUGAGAGGAGAAAAGGACCCCAAAGGAGGUUUCGACAUCAAAGUGCCCCGCCGCGCUGUCGGUCCUUCAAGCACACAGCUCUACAUGGUAAGAACUAUGCUGGAGUCUCUGAUUGCUGACAAGAGCGGUUCCAAGAAGACGCUACGCAGCAGCCUGGAUGGACCCAUAGUUCAGGCUAUAGAAGAUUUCCACAAGCAUUCCUUCUUCUACACUCAUCUUCUGAACUUCAGUGAGGCUUUGCAGCAGUGCUGCGACCUAUCACAGCUCUGGUUCCGAGAGUUCUUCCUGGAGCUCACCAUGGGUCGUCGGAUCCAGUUUCCAAUCGAGAUGUCCAUGCCCUGGAUCCUCACCGACCAUAUUUUGGAGACCAAAGAGCCGUCCAUGAUGGAAUACGUGCUGUAUCCUUUGGAUCUGUAUAAUGACAGUGGAUACUACGCUCUAACCAAGUUCAAGAAGCAGUUUCUCUAUGAUGAGAUAGAAGCUGAGGUGAACCUUUGUUUUGAUCAGUUUGUGUACAAACUGGCGGAUCAGAUCUUUGCUUACUACAAAGCAAUGGCCGGAAGCGUCCUCUUGGACAAGCGCUUCCGCGCAGAGUGUAAGAACUACGGCGUGAUCAUUCCCUACCCCCCUUCUAACCGCUAUGAGACGCUGCUGAAACAAAGACAUGUGCAGCUCUUGGGUCGUUCCAUCGACCUGAACAGGCUGAUCACCCAGAGGAUCUCAGCGGCCAUGUACAAAUCCCUGGAUCAUGCGAUCAGCCGCUUUGAGAGCGAAGAUCUCACUUCUAUAGUGGAACUUGAGUGGUUGCUGGAAAUAAACAGACUGACACACCGACUGUUGUGCAAGCACAUGACCCUGGAUAGUUUUGAUGCCAUGUUCCGGGAGGCCAACCACAACGUGUCGGCUCCGUACGGCCGCAUCACGCUGCACGUCUUCUGGGAGCUCAACUUCGACUUCCUGCCCAACUACUGCUACAACGGCUCCACCAACAGGUUUGUGCGCACAGCUAUUCCGUUUACCCAGGAGCCUCAGAGAGACAAGCCCGCCAACGUUCAGCCUUACUACCUGUAUGGCUCUAAGCCGCUGAACAUCGCCUACUCCCACAUCUACAGUUCCUACAGGAACUUCGUGGGUCCCCCGCAUUUCAAAACAAUCUGCCGUCUGCUUGGUUACCAGGGCAUCGCCGUGGUGAUGGAGGAGCUGCUCAAGAUCGUCAAGAGCUUGCUGCAGGGCACCGUUCUGCAGUACGUUAAGACUCUGAUAGAGGUAAUGCCCAAAAUCUGCAGGUUGCCUCGUCACGAGUACGGCUCACCAGGUAUCCUGGAGUUUUUCCAUCACCAGCUAAAGGACAUAAUCGAAUAUGCUGAGUUGAAGACUGAUGUGUUUCAGAGUCUGAGGGAGGUUGGCAAUGCAAUCCUCUUCUGCCUUCUCAUUGAGCAAGCUCUGUCACAGGAAGAAGUAUGCGACCUCCUUCAUGCCGCUCCGUUCCAAAACAUCCUCCCUAGAGUGUACAUCAAAGAGGGUGAGAGGCUGGAGGUGAGGAUGAAGAGACUGGAGGCGAAGUACGCUCCACUGCAUCUGGUUCCUCUCAUUGAGAGACUUGGCACCCCACAGCAAAUCGCCAUAGCCCGCGAAGGGGACCUGCUGACCAAGGAGAGGCUGUGCUGCGGUCUGUCCAUGUUCGAGGUGAUCCUGACACGUAUCCGCAGCUUCCUGCAGGACGCCGUGUGGCGCGGGCCUCCACCCAGCAACGGCGUGAUGCACGUAGACGAGUGCGUGGAGUUCCACCGGCUCUGGAGCGCCAUGCAGUUCGUCUACUGCAUCCCAGUGGGGACGCACGAGUUCACCGCCGAGCAGUGUUUCGGGGACGGACUGAACUGGGCCGGCUGUGCCAUCAUUGUGCUGUUGGGUCAGCAGCGGCGCUUUGACCUCUUCGAUUUCUGCUACCACCUGCUGAAAGUCCAGAGGCAGGACGGCAAGGACGAGAUCAUCAAGAACGUGCCCUUGAAGAAGAUGGCGGACCGCAUCCGAAAGUACCAGAUCCUCAACAACGAGAUCUUUGCCAUCCUGAACAAGUACAUGAAGGCCGUGGAGACGGAUAGUUCCACAGUAGAGCACGUUCGCUGUUUCCAGCCUCCUAUACACCAGUCUCUGGCUACCACAUGUUAAAAGCUCACCUUACUCUGGUGAUGCACAGGGUACAAACACAGGCCCUGAAAAAAUGAAGGAAGUAUAGAAACAUUGUUUUAACCACACAGAGAACCCACUUCUACUUGUCCGGUCAGCUUUGAAAUACCACACAUCCUCAGAAUGUGUCUGUUUUUACAAGAUGAAAGAAAUAAAUAGUUUUUUUCUGUUUAAAUAUAAAUUAAAGAAGACAA